AUGGCUGUGCAACCUGGAGCAGCACCCCGCCGCUGCUUCCCCGCUGUGCAUCAGCUGGCCUUCCGUGAACCCUCGGCCACUCAUGACCCUGCCAUCUACGGUGUCCUGCUGCCUACGGUGGAGGCCACAGGUCUGGUGGGAGCCUGUGGGGAGACGGUGCUGCUGUGCUCCCCAUUGCUGCUCCACCAGAAGGUCACUAAAUGGCUGUGCAACCUGGAGCAGCACAUGAAAGAGGCCCUCUUCUACCUGCUGCAGGGGUGCAUGGUCCGGCGCCUGGCCCUGCGCCCCCAGCUUGACGUGGCCUUUGAGCAGCGCCCAGGCCCCCCCGAGCUGCCACUGCACCUACUGGUGGAGCACUGGGUGCAGCUGGCGACAGAUUUCCCAGCCCAGUGUGUGCUGCUGGCCGAGCAGGCCUGGUGGCACGUGGACGUGCAGGAGCGUCUCUUCAGCUCCAUGCGCAAGCCUGGCCUGAAGCUCAAGCACAAACUCAAGCUGGAGGCCCUGGCCCAUUAUGUCCGCAACUACUGCAGUAGCCAUGCAGGGCAGCCGGGCAGAACCCGGAUGAGUACGCUGCUGGGGGCCCUGCUGACCAUCACCGUGCACCAGCGCGACGUGCUGGCUCGCCUCCUGGAGCGCAAGGUCGACUCACCCACCGCCUUUGACUGGGCCCAGCUGCUCAAGUACCGGCUAGCUGUGCACCCCGAAAGUGCCAGGGCCGUGGGUGCCCCUGUUGAGACCUGGGCUGCCAGCUCCCCAGGCUGCUGGGCCGAGACCCUUGACAUGAGCCUGCACUAUGACUACGAGUAUGUGGGGAACUGCCCCCACCUGGUGGGGAGCCCCCAGCUGGAGAGGAGCUUCCUGGGGCUGCUGCUGGCGCUGCAGGAGUUCCACUGCGGAGCUGCUCUUGGCUGCUACGGGGCUGGGAAAACAGCCGCUGUGCAGCAGUUGGCCAGGGCGCUGGGGCGCCAGGUCGUCACCCUGCACUGUUCCCAUCAGAUGGGUCUGGGCUGCCUCAGCAGGCACCUGAGUGGGGCUGUGCAGGCUGGGGCCUGGUUGCUGCUGGAGGCCGUGGACCAACUGGAGCCCGGUGUCCUGUCCGGCUUCAGCCAGCUCCUGUCAGACCUGCAGAGGCUCUGCAUGGGCCUGCGGGAGGGGGAGCCCCAGGGGACCCCCACCGACCAGAGCAAGGAUGGGGAGGGGCAGAAGCAGCCUAUUAGGGCCCUGCCAGAGUUGGGCUUGGAUGAGGCCGAGCCCUUCCAGCCCUGCGUGCUGGGGAACAUCCUCUUUGGGGAGCGGCUGCUGCGGGUCAGGGAGACCUAUGGCUGCCUGGCCACCAUGCGGCGCGUGCCUGAGCUCCUGCGCCUGGUCCUGCGCCCCGUGUGCCUGCUGCCCCCCGCGCUGCACAAGGUGGCAGAGGUGAUGCUGCUGGCAGCUGGUUUCCGGGAAGCAGAGCCCCUGGCCAAGAAGCUCAGUUCUUUCUUCUGGCUGGAGGGGGAGCUGGGCCCGGGCCCUGCCCCCAGCCGCCUGGCCCUGCUCCAGAGGGUCAUUGAGGCAGCCAUUGGCACAGUGUAUCCGCCCACCACCAGGCCAGAGGUACAGGCCUUUGAGAGCCUGGCUGAGGAGCCUGCUCUCCUCCGAGCUCUCUGCCUCUCACCCUUCCUGGCCUCCAUGGAGGAGCCCAGGCUGAGUAGAGUGUGGGAGCUGCUCCGUGGGCUCUUCCCGGCCUCCUGCUCCCUGCUCCCCGAGGCCCGGGUCCCCCCCCAGCUGCUGAGUGCUGUGGCAGCCCAGCUGCACGAGGACAAGCUCCACACUGACUCCGAACUCACCAGCACCAUGGUGCAGCUUCACCAGGCCCUGAUGGGCUCACCGGGAGUCCUGCUGCUGGGGCCCUCGGGCAGCGGCAAGACCACAGCCUGGAAGACCCUGGCCAAGGUGCUGAGCAGGCUGGCUGCGAGCGAGUCCCUGGAGCUGACGGCAGGAGCAGGCAGGCCGAGCACCCGGAGGGAUGUGGCAUAUCGGCCCGUCAGCACUGUCUGCCUCUGCCCCAACGGCCUCAGUGCCGCCGAGUUCCUGGGCUGGCUGGAGGGAGGCAUCUGGCGGGAGGGUGUUUUCUCCCGGCUCCUGCAAGGAGCAGCUGCCUCAGCCCCUGCCUCUGGGCUGGGCGUGCCAGGAACCCAGCAAUGGCUGGUGCUGGACGGCUCUGCCAGUGCCGAGUGGCUGGACCCCAUCUCCUCACUGCUCCGCGCAGAGCCCGCUCUCAGCCUGCCGAGUGGGCAGUGGCUCCAGCCCCCGGAGACUGUGAAGUUCCUCUUUGAGAUGCCUGACGGCUCCAGCAUUUCUCCAUCCAUCUCCACGCACUGCACCCUCCUGCACUGCAGGGGCGCGUGCGUCUGGCAAGCACUGCUGGCCUCGGCUCUCGCCACUGUCUCCCACAUGCACAACAUGAGCCAGGAGAGCGUGGCCAUGCUGCGUGGCCUUGCUGCCGACGUCGUGCCCCCCACGCUGACCUUCCUGCAGCAGAACUGCAGCUCCGUCCUGCAGCCGCACGCCGACCUGUGCAGCCCCGUGGCCUGCGGAGUCCCGGAGACCGCAGCCUUCACCCGCCUCCUGAAGGUUCUACUGGAGCAGCACCUGAGCCCCGACAAGGUGAAGGCCCAGCCCCUGAGACGGGGGGACCCAGCAGUGGCUGAGGACAGCUGUGCUGGAGUCGCAAAGGCCCACUCCCACCGGCACUUGGAUGAAACUGUCCCCGCCCAUCACCAUCUGCUUGUCCGCAGCAUCUUUGUCUUUGCCUUCAUCUGGGGGUUCGGUGGCCACCUGCAUCCCAGGCACUGGGCUCUCUUUGACAGCUUUGCUCGUAGAGUCCUGUCCAGCAGCUGCUACGCCAUCGAGCUGCCCUCAGCCGAGUCUGUCUUUGACGUCUGUCCCCAGCCCGAGGACGGGAAACUGGAGGUCUUUGAUGGGAAAUUUCUGUCCAGCAGAUUCAAGGCAGUUCCUCUCAGCUUCACCAUCCUGCCCCAGGUACGGCCUGGCCCCGGGGGUCCCCAUGAGCUGCCCCAGGUACGGCCUGGUCCUGGGGGUCCCCAUGAGCUGCCCCAGGUACAGCUUGGCCCCAGGGGUCCCCAUGAGCUGCCCCACCCUGCUCCAGGUACAACCUGGUCCCUGGGGGUUCCCAUUGUGAUGGGUUGAGUCACAGAGUUUCCCUUGAAACUGUCUCCUGAUGAGCUGCGCAUAGCACUGAGCCUGCCCGCCAGCCCUGUGGGGUACUCCACCACCCUGUCCUGUUCAAUGUUUUCUUUAUUUGUAUACUCCAAAAAACCCCAAGCCCUCACUGAUGUAAUCCCCAACUGAGGCACCUCACUCCCCUGGUGCCAAAAGUUCUGAUCUUCUGCAGCCAAGGCACCAAGUUGGGGUAGGACCCUCCCAGCCAAAUAACAGAGACACUGAUUACAGCUCAGCUCUGGGAAGGCUCAAGUACAGAGACUUGACAGGCCCGUGGGCACAGCCCCAGUGGAAGCAAACCCCCCCAAUAAAUCCAUCUGACUCUACAUAA